GUACUAGGACCAACAGGGUAGGCCAGGAGUCAGUGAUAGGCAGAUUCCAUUAGGCCAUGCCUGUGCUGCUCAAGGGUGUGAUAUUUAGUGCACAGUGCAGGUAGGAAGGAAAGAGGGGGUAGGUUGUGAUGUGUGAAGCUAAUAUGGCUAUGGGAAAGAGAAAAGAGGGGAGAAAGAGGAGCCACAAACAAACAAACGAUGGGGAAAAAAGUGCUAAAGGAGCUUGCCAUUGGAGUGGAGAGAUGAGAAAACUGAGAAAUGGAGAAAAAGAAAAAGGGAAAAAGAAAAAAAAUAACUAGAUAAAAAUUUGUAAAAGAAAGAAAAGCCCCCAGGGCUCUCACUGGUGCAGCCAUGAAGACUGGGGAAGUGGCUCCCAGGAUGCACAGUAUAGCCUGGCUAGAGGGGGUAUAGGUGUCACAGAGUACCAGGUAUUCAGGAGACAGGAAAAGAAAGUAAGUACAGAGAAUGAGAACUGAGAAAUGAAGAAAGACACAAAGGGAGAAAAAGAAAACAAAGAAAGAAAAAAAGAAAUGCCCCAGGGAUCCCACCUACCUGGCUGUGCAGUUUUGGGGAGUGGCUCCUAAGCUGUGCAGUGCAGCCCAGCUAGAAGGGGCUACCAAGCCACGAAAAGAAAAUAAAGCAAAACAAAAUGAGAGAAAAAAAAAAAAAGCCCCAAGGAUCCCACAAGCGUGGUGUCACAUGCCAGGGGAAUGGCUCCAAGGUGGAGCAGGGCUUCGCACCCUUUCAAGAAGAAGCAAAGAUGGCACACAGAGCCAGGUGUUCGAGAGAAAGGAGGGGGAGGUGGUGGGAGGCACGGAAGAAAUAUCAAAAGAAAUGGGAAGAAGCAACACCAGAUUAAGUUGCCAGCCAGUGUCGGUGGGCUGAAUCCAAGCUGCCCGGGGCCAAAGCAGUUGCCUCCUGGCCAAAAGACUGUGGCUGGAAAGAAGCAGAGGAGGCUGAGGGCGGGAGGGAAAAAGGGUGGGGUUAGGAAAGAGUAUGUCAGUUAUUACCGGGUGCUGUGCCUCCUGCUGGGAAUUUCGUAAAGCUGCUUUCCCGUACUCCCAGUCUGCAGAUCUCCCGAUGUGGACGAGGUGAAUCCAAGCCCCACAGAUACUGCACUUUCUGGACUGCCAAGCCCCCACAGCCAGCCAGGAAGCUUGAAGGACAAUGGGUCAAGAGGCCCUGCUGCUUGGCUGGGCCAUAGUCGGGAUCCUGGCACUGCAGACCCUGGCGGAGGCUGAGCCCUCUCAAAGUUCCCUGGGCAGCAAGGCUGGGGUGUUCAAGGACCUGAGCGCAGAGGAGCUGAAGGCUGUGCACAAAUUCCUUUGGUCCCAGAGGGACCUGUCGCUGAAGCCCGCCAAAGCCUUGACCAUGGCCAAGAACUCCAUCUUCCUCAUUGAGAUGCUGCUGCCCGAGAAGCAACAUGUGCUGAGGUUUCUGGAUGAAGGUAAAAGGCGUCCGGUCCGGGAAGCCCACGUUGUCAUCUUCUUUGGAGCCCAGGAGAAGCCCAACAUCACUGAGUUUGCAGUGGGACCCCUACCAUCACCCUCCUAUAUGCAAGUGCUGCCCCCCAGGCACGGGCACCACCCAUCCUGGGCGUCCAGGCCCGUCUCCACUGCUGAGUAUGCCCUCCUGGACCACAUGCUACAGGAAGCCACCAAGCCGCUGCACCAGUUCUUCCUUAAUACAACAGGCUUCUCCUUACUAGACUGUGGAGACCGGUGCCUGACCUAUACCGACGCGGCCCCCCGCGGCCUGGCUUCUGACCAGCGCAGGUCCUGGCUUAUCCUGCAGCAAGAUGUGGAAGGCUAUUUCUUGCACCCCACUGGGCUGGAGCUGCUUGUGGACCACGGGAGCCAAGAUGCCAAUGACUGGGUGGUAGAGCAAGUCUGGUACAAUGGAAAGUUCUACAGGAGCCCAGAAGAACUGGCCCGCAAGUAUGACAACGGAGAGGUAGAUGUCGUGGUUCUGGAGGACCUACCACUGCAGGGCAGCGAGGACACCCCACUCUUCUCCUCUUACAGGCCCCGUGGAACCUUCUCCAAGCCCAUCACCAUGAAUGGGCCCCGCCUGGUUCAGCCCCAAGGCCACCGCUACCAGCUAGAGGGCAAUGCUGUGCUCUACGGGGACUGGAGCUUCGCCUUCCGGCUGCGCUCCUCCUCUGGGCUACAGGUCCUGGAUGUGCGCUUCGGAGGGGAGCGUGUGGCCUAUGAAGUGAGCAUACAGGAGGCAGUGGCUCUCUACACAGGACACACACCAGCAGGCAUGCAGACCAAGUACAUGGACUUGGGCUGGGGCCUGGGCAGGCUCAGUCAUGAGCUAGCCCCAGGCAUCGACUGCCCGGAUACAGCCACCUACCUGGACGCCCUCCACUAUUACGAUGCUGAUGGCCCGGUACACUACCCCCACGCCCUCUGCCUCUUCGAGAUGCCCACAGGGGUGCCCCUUAGGCGGCACUUUGAUAUCAACUACCAGGGAGGCUUUAACUUCUAUGCAGGGCUGAAGGGCCAGGUGCUGGUGCUGCGAACCACUUCCACAGUUGACAAUUAUGAUUACAUUUGGGAUUUCAUCUUCUACCCCAAUGGAGUAAUGGAAGCCAAGAUGCAUGCCACUGGCUACAUCCAUGCCACCUUCUACACCCCUGAGGGGCUCCACCACGGCAUGCGCCUACACACCCACCUGGCUGGCAACAUGCACACCCACCUGGUGCAUUACCGCGUAGACCUGGACGUCGCAGGCACCAAAAAUAGCUUCCAGACACUAGGGAUGAAGCUACAAAACAUCACUAACCCCUGGAGCCCAGGACACUACCUGGUACAGCCCACUCUAGAGCAGACACAUCUCCACUGUGAGCGCCAGGCUGCCUUUCGCUUUGGGCGGGCCCUGCCCAAGUACCUGCUCUUCACCAGCCCCAAGAAGAACCCCUGGGGCCACAAGCGCAGCUACCGAGUGCAGAUCAAUUCUAUGGCCAGCCAAGUGCUGCUCCCAGGCUGUCAGGAGGAGCGGGCUCUCACCUGGGCCAGGUACCCCCUAGCAGUGACCAAGUAUCGGGAGUCGGAGCUACACAGCAGCAGCAUCUACAACCAGAAUGACCCCUGGGACCCACCUGUGGUCUUUGAAGAAUUUCUUCAAGACAAUGAGGACAUUGAAAAUGAGGACCUAGUAGCCUGGGUGACAGUGGGCUUCCUCCACAUCCCCCACUCAGAGGACAUCCCCAACACAGCCACACCUGGAAACUCUGUGGGCUUCCUGUUGAGGCCCUUCAACUUCUUCCCAGAGGACCCAUCCUUGGCAUCCAGAGACGCAGUGAUCGUGUGGCCCCAGGACAAAGACUCUAACCAUGUUCAGCGCUGGGUUCCUGAGGAGGCAGGGAGCUGUUUGAUGCCUCCGCCUUUUAGCUACAAUGGCACCUAUAGGCCAGUGUGAAGAGUACCUGACCCAACUCCCACCAGGGAACCUUGGUCCUUAGAACUAACAAUAAACCCUUUUAACCAU